CUUCGGCCUCCCCUUCGUCUACAGAAUGGACGACGAUGAGUGGGAUGGUGGGGACACUGCUGGUGGCGUAGAGUCGGAUUUGUCGCGAGCGACGCUGGCGGGCCGCAACUGGCGACAAAUGGACCACCUCAAGGGCAAGGAGGUCUUCGUAGGUACGCAGGUGAUCAAAUGGAUGGGUGGAUGGAUGGAUGGAUGGAUCCAUCACACACGCAGCAGGGCGGAAAGCAACCACACCAUCCACACGCACACAGCUGGACGGGGUGUGCUGGUGUGCGCAUCCAUCCAUCAGGUGUGGAUGAGGCGGGCAGGGGUCCUGUGUUGGGUCCGAUGGUGUACUCGGCGUUCUUCUGCCUCACAGGCAGCGAGCAGCGCCUCAAAGACCUCAGAGUAGAUGGUACGCUACGCUAUCCACAUCGAUCACAUUGGAUGGAUGCAAUUGGGUGGAUGCAUCUGUGUACUCUACGUGUCUGUCUGUGUGCCUAUAGAUUCCAAGAAGCUGACAGAGGCGGACCGUGAGCGCAUAUUUGGGGAGUUCCACACAGACGAUAUGCAGCACCACCACUGCGGGUGGGUGCGGCACACAAGACGCGGCCAUUCCUGUGUAUCUGUGUGUGUGUGUGUGUGUGUGUGAAUGGGUUGUGUCGUGUUGCUAUGUACCAUGCGGUGCAGGUGGCUCGUCCGCCCACUGUGGCCGCAAUAUCUGAGCGCCAAACAGCUGUCCAAAACGUAUGUACCACCGAGAAACGAAACACACACAUGGAUGGAUGGAGAAAGGGCUCUGUGUGGGUGUGGGUGUGGGUGUGUAUACUACCUGCAGGUGUCACAUGAACUUGAAUGAGUUGUCCAAGGGCACCGUGAUGGACAUGCUGCAGGAGGCACUCGACGCCGGACUGGAGAUCAAACACGUAACGUACACACGCACUCGUCAAGUACGGCCAUGGCCGACCCGACCCGGACACAAUGGAUGGAUGGAUGAAUGGAUGGAUGGAUGUGCGUCUGUCUGUCUGUCUGUCUGUGUGCAGGUGUAUGUUGACACGGUGGGCCAUGCGGUAGCGUACCAGAAGCAGCUCACCGCCAGGUUCCCGUCUCUGCACGGAAAUAUCACGGUAGGUACACACGCAGAGAAGAGAGAGGCCACGCCACAGACACAUCCGUUUGCCUUUCUUGCCACCCACUCACUCUUUGGUGCAUUCAUGUCAUGGAUCGGACGCCUGCAGGUGACCGACAAGGCCGACUCAAAAUAUGUGGUGGUCGGUGCUGCGUCCAUCGCUGCCAAGGUGCGCGUGUGUGAGGGUGUGUGGGUGUGGCCGGCCACAUGCCAUGCCUCCUCACGCGCACAUUACUACCCCCAAUGCCACACAGGUGUCUCGCGAUCUGCUACUGCGCCAUUGGGUGCCGGAGGAGCCUUCCAAGCGAGACGGGGACGGUGAGUAUGGCUCUGGCUACCCUGGGGACAGCACCACCAAACAGUGGCUGCAGGACAACUACCACCCGGUGCGCGUGCGCUUUGGUGUGUGUGUGGGUGGGGGGAGGGAUGGAUGGAUGUGUGUGUGGAUGUGUGUGUGUUUAGGUGUUCGGCUUCCCCAGCCUGGCGCGUUUCUCAUGGGGCACGGUGCAGAAGCUGCUGGAGGACAACAACGGCCCCGCACUUGAAUGGUCCAUCCCACCCACCCACCACCCCUCGUGUGUGUGUGUGUGUGUCCAUCUCUCUCUCUCUCUCUCUCCGUAUGUGUGUGUGUGUGUGUGUGUAGGUGUGACGACCAGGAUGAUGAAGACCCCUCCCAGACACACAUGACGCAGUUCCUCAUAUCCGCACCGCAGGACAAGAAGAACACAAGCCAGACCAAGAAGGGGCCCAAGAGGGGUCCCAGGGGUGGGGGAGAGGUGAUGAAGCGCAGCGGGUUCUUCACUGCACGGCACAUGAGCAUCGUUACAGACAGUGAGUGGUGAGGGGUAUAUGGGUGCUGGCUGCAUGGCAUGUGGGCUGGGCUGCCUGGG